GACAGGUCGGAGAGAGAAAAAGAAACAAAAAGCAGCGAGCGAGCGAAGAAGAUAGAUAGACUUGUGUUGUAUUGUACCCACCACAACAACAAUCAAUUUUAAACAAUUUAUAAUAAUAUUAAUAUUAUUUAUUACAUUAUUCCCUUUAUUCCAAUUCUAUUUCCAUGGGUUUCUCCUUUUCUUCUUCUCUCUUCAAUUGUUGUUUUUUUAAGUGUUAGAUUACAAAUUGGGUCAACAAACUCAACUGCUGAUCCUCAUCAUCGGAUAAUGGACGGCGCCGAUCACCUCCUUCAUCAUUCUGCUGCCGAUGAAGACGAGCCUUCCUCUUCUGGGAUUUCGUGCUCCAUUUGUCUCGAUACGGUGUCGGAUAAUGGGGCUAGAUCUACAGCUAAGCUCCAAUGUGGCCAUCAAUUUCACCUCGAUUGUAUUGGCUCCGCAUUUAAUAUGAAAGGAGCAAUGCAAUGUCCGAAUUGUAGAAAGGUUGAGAAAGGUCAAUGGCUGUAUGCAAACGGGUCUAAUCGCGUGUUACCAGAGAUGAGCAUGGAUGAUUGGAUUCCUGAUGAAGACAUCUAUGAUCAUCUAACUAGUUUUUCUGAAAUGCAAUAUAGACUUCAGUGGUGUCCGUACGAAUUAGGACGAGUUGGUCCACCUUUUGAGGAAGUAGAAUCUCCGUCAACCACCUAUUAUGACCCAAGGGGACACCAUUCUGUAUAUGCUGAACAAACUGCUGCAUCAUCAGUGGCUCAUUCGUAUGUUGCAUAUGUUGGACAACUCCCUCCAAAUGCAUCAAGAUCUAAUGAGAGCAUUGACGAUACUAAUUUUAAUCAUCACUGGAAUGGUCUAUCCGGACGCCAUGAUAUCAUCAGUACCCAUGCUUUUCCUGCCAUUAAUUUCCAAUACCAUACUACUUGGGGCCGCGGCUCCCCUCCUUUCUCUAUAUCUAGCACACACAUAAAUAAUGUGGACCCAGCAUCUGUUCCUCUUCCAUAUAGAUCUUCUAAUGGCGAACCAGAUACAAGAACAAGGUCCACGUCUUUGCACCCAAUUAUGUUUGGUAACGGAUCUGGUCCGUCCGGUGGCAGUUCAUUUGUCUCCUCACUCGUUCCUCGUCAUCCAGGAAGCAAUGCUCGGACCAAUGAAAGGAUCCACAGCUUCCAUCGUCAACAGUCAAGCAGUUUGCCUGGUAUUCCUUCACCUAUCAUUCAUGGUAUUAGAAGAUUUGACAGUCCUAGGGGAUUGCCGAUAGUAGUGCCAGCACCCCCUCAACGAGAUCAUAGCGGUGGCUUGGUAAUCCUUCCUCCAAAUUCAUCCAGCCAGAACUCACAAGAAGCCGAAAAUCCGAUGCCAAAUCAUUAUCGGGCCUGGGAAAGAGAGCAUUUGCCUCCUUUUCAGCAAUCAUUUGAUGGCUGGGGAUCAUUUCAUCAUAAUGCUGGUGGUGGCCCGAAUCUGGGCAACAGAUCUGGCAGCUUUUGGCAUGGCCACUCUUAGAGAAUCUGAUCAGAAGACUGCAAUUGCAAAAGGCUGUGUGUGAAUGAACAAUUAUCUUAUUCUGGAAACAUUUGUCUAUUUUGCAAUUCAGGUGACAAAAACAUAAAUUACAAUUGAUUCUGGUCCAAUUUUUGUAAAUUUAAUCAAACUCGACUGUCAUGUGGCUUUCGAAACUGUAUAAAGUUAUUUUCUCAACAUUCCAUUA